AAAAGCUUAUAUUAAGUGUAUAUUUAUAAAUAACUAAGCGUACAAUUGUUUGAGAUGGAUGAAAUAACCGACGAUUUUAAUCCAACACAAGAUCGAAUAUUAACGGAAUCAGAAAUACAAAAAUUACAAAUGCAAGACACAAGACUGGUAUCUGAUUUUCAAGCAAAUAAACUUGAAAUAGAAGCAAAAAAACAUUGGGAUUUGUUUUACAAACGUAACGAAAACCGUUUUUUUAAAGAUCGUCAUUGGGUAACACGCGAAUUUUUCGAACUUGCCGAAUUAAGCGAUGAAAAGCGUGUUUUAUUGGAAAUUGGAUGUGGUGUGGGAAAUUUUAUAUUUCCAUUAAUUGAAGAUAAUAUUAAUUUCUUUGUCUACGCAUGUGAUUUAUCUUCAAAAGCGAUUGAUCUAGUUAAAUCGAAUAAAUUGUAUGAUGAAACACGUGUAAUCGCGUUUCAAACUGAUAUUACAACCGAACAUAUUUUAUCAGUGGUCGCGUUAAAUAGUGUUGAUAUUGUAUCUUUAAUUUUUGUAUUAUCGGCUAUACAUCCUGAAAAAUUUACGGCGACUGUAUCGAAUAUUUAUAAAGUUCUAAAACCAGGUGGAAUAGUUUUGUUCAGAGAUUAUGCAUUGUAUGAUUUGGCUCAAAUAAGAUUCAAACCGGGUCAUAAGAUUGCUGAAAAUUUUUAUAUGCGGCAGGAUGGAACGAGGUCGUAUUACUUCUCACGUGAUAAGCUUGCCGAAAUUUUUACAAAUUGUGGUUUUGAGGUUAUUUUUAAUAAUUAUGUUCAAAGGCGUACUGUUAAUGCAAAAGAAGGAAUUGAUAUGGAGCGUUUAUUCAUCCAAGCAAAAUUUAAGAAAACGUAAUGUAAUGGAAUUAAAAAGGAACACGUGUGAAGAAAUCAAAUAUCAACAACAUCAGGAAUCCUUGCCAUUGCUUAAAAAACCAUUGGAUGAAAAUCAACCAAAGGUAAAUUAUUGAGUUAAGCAGAAACACUGAAACAAGAAAAUAAUUAAGAACGAGAAUUAAAAUUCAGUAUGCAAAAUACAAUACACUGAAAGAAGAAAAUUACAACGAGAAUUAAAAUUAAAUAUGCAAAAGACGAUACACUCAAACAAGAAAAUAAUUAAGAACGAGAAUUAAAAUUCAAUAAUAGUGGGAAGAACACAAAAUUUUUGGUUAAACAUUUCGUAUUAAAAAUAUAUUGUUUUAACAAUUUCAAUAUAUCAAUUUAAUAUCUAAUCUUAUCUUAUCCCGAAAAAUGAUUUUAUACUCUAUAAAAUAACCAUUAUUCAUUC